CAUCUAACGUACUUUCUAGGCGGCCGUUAUGUACUUUACCUACGUAGCAUACUGUAUGUGUUUCGAACAUUCGCAGUCUCUACUGUAAUCAAAAUAUCUUCCGGCCCAUCAGGGAAUCAUGGAAAGAGUUGGCCUGUGUUUCGGCAACUUUUGGUUGGCCAGUACCGGGUACUUCGUAGUUUGUUACGGUACUGAGCAGAAGUCCGUACUGGUUGUCAUGAAUGGACAGAAAGUUCUGGUAGUACCAGUACAUUUCUCUACGGUACCGUACCGUACGGCAUGAUGCCGCUCCGUAAUACAAUGAAUAUCGAAUAUCUUGUGGUAUCCUUUGUCAAUGGCCAAGGUGCAAUCGCAACAGGAUUGACAACCGCAUUACACUACUGUAUUGCUUUGGCCAUUGGAUCGCUCGGCACCGUGGUCGCUGCUCUUUCGCUGCUUGCACGCAACAGCACGAACCAGCAAGGAACAAACAAACAAACAACAAACAAACAACAAACAACGUACCUACCCACACACACACAUACCAUUCGUUUGCCCGUUCCCGUUCCCCCGAGCAGGACCCGAACCGUUGCGCGCCUCGUCCCCGGUUCUGUCUUCUCCCCGCCCUCCACCAUUCCCGGGAACCAGAGCGCCCCGGAUUCCUCCGUGCCGGGCCAGCGGCGAACCCGGUUCCGGCCUCUUGCCCUGCUGGUCCUCCUCGCGGCUUGCGCCCGGAACGAGGACCCCCAUCGCACGGCUUCGCACGCGCCACGGUGCGGGCUCGGGGUGUCCGCCUUGGGUCUUCCGCCCGUUCCACGGAGGCCGUCUCCGAGGAUCUCGGUACCGGACCAAGACCGACCGGGACAUCCAAGCACGAGUAUAGCCACAGGCAGAGCCACACGCAGAGCCACACGCAGAGCCACGACCAUGGCGACCCCGCAGCGAAACCUCUCCGGCGCCUUUGAAGCGGCGAACGGGGAUGCCUCGAACCCGAACGCUGCGAACGGGGACGCCGCGAAUCCGAACGCUGCGAACGGAGAUCCGAGCACGCCGGCGCGACCGGGGAAUCCGCCGAGAAAGGCCACCACGCCCCUCGGCCGGUUCCUCCCGCGGGGGAUGCGCAUGGUGGAGCUCACCGACGAGACCCCCAAGCGCGGGGACUACCUGGGCUGGGACGACUACUUUCUCGGGAUCGCCGUCCUGAGCAGCCUGCGGUCCAAGGACCCCAGCGGGGCGGAGGGGGCCUGCAUCGCCGAUGCCUCCAACCGGAUCGUCGCCAUUGGCUACUCGGGCUUUCCCCGGGGCUGCCCCGACACGGUCUUUCCCUGGGGGGACCAGCAAGAGGGAAGCGGGAGUGGGGCCAGCGGCUACCUGGCCUCGAAGCACCCCUACCUCUGCACCGCCGCCACCAACGCGGUCCUCAACAAGGGGAGCCAGGACCUGUCGGGCUGCCGGUUGUACGCCACGGCCUUUCCGAGGAGCGACGACGUCAAGGUCAUGAUCCAGUCGGGCAUCCGGGAACUGGUCGUCCUCCAGACCACGGACGAGCCUCCCAUCCACGGACCCGGGGCGCUCGGCGAGUCCGAGGGCGAGGACAGAGGCAAUGACAAUGGCAGUGGCAGUGACAACGGCGAGGCCGAGGCCUUCCGGCAGCUCACCGAGCAAGAGCAGGAAGACUACGCCAGCAACGCCAUGCUCCUCUUGUCCGGCAUCGCUGUUCGCUACCACCGGCCCCGGGCCCCGUCGCUCCGGCUCUGCUUUGGCGCCCCGGGAAAAGGACCCCUUCCCCCCCCGAAGCACCCCCCCACCGGCAAGAGGGCGGAACGGCUUCCCACGGACACCGAGCGGGAGGCGGCCCGGGUCCUGAGGGAAGAAACCGGCUACGACGCGCUGUUGCCGGACCCCGGAAGCGACGCCGAGCGCCUCCUAGCCCACAGCGGCAGGCGCGAGGACUACCUGUCGUGGGAGGACUACUUUAUGAGCGUCGCCCUCCUGACGGCCCAGCGGUCGAAGGACCCCAGCACGCAGGUCGGGGCCUGCAUCGUCGACGGCCAGAACCGGAUCGUCGGCCUGGGCUACAACGGCAUGCCGACCGGCCUGGACGACGACCUCAUGCCGUGGGGGAGGGCCAACGCCCAGGCCAUCUUCAACAAGUACGUCUACGUCACCCACGCCGAGGUCAACGCCAUCCUCAACAGCAAGGAGGGCUACGGCUCGCCGCGCGUCCGUGGGGGGACCCUCUACGUGACGCUCUUUCCGUGCGAGCACUGCACCAAGAAGGUCGUCCAGUCGGGCAUCCGGGCCGUCGUCUACCUGGAGGACAAGUACCACGACACGGACGGCUGCAAGGCCAGCCGGGCCAUGCUGCGGUGCGCGGGAAUCGAGGUCCGGGAACACGUGCGGACCGUGGAGGCCGUUACCGUGGACUUUGGCCGCGGGGGGGAGGAGGACCAGGAGGAGGAGGACGGCGGCGAAGGGGAUGCUUGUUGAUUGGAUUGGAUUGGAAAUUGGAUUGGAUUGCAUUGCAUUCGAUUGGAUUGGAUUGGAUUGGAUUGGAUUGGAUUGCAUUCGAUUGGAUUGGAUUGGAUUCCAUUCGACACAAAACGAAAUUCAAAUGGUUGGAUGAGGAUGCUGAUGCGGAUUCGUUUGGUUUCGCUCGCGUGGAACUUUCGAAACGAAACGAACGCUGACCAAAACAGUACAGGUACAAUUGAUUCGUUCGUUUUGUUCCUCGCMUCGAAUCGAAUCGAAUCGAAUCGAAUUGGCUUUGGUCAAGCAGAACGAACGACCCGGAGAGGCAGAUCGAUUCCGGCUGGUGGGCAGAACGGUUGUUUGGAAUGCAUUGCGCCGUGCCGUGCCGAAUGCGACGGGAAACGAGAGAUCUCGCAACGGAUCCCAAAACCAAAGAAUCGUUGUUGUCCGGACGAAUUCCGGCAGGGACUCAAACGUCGCAUUGGAACCGCGGGACGGGACGGGACAGGACAGGACAGGGUUUGCCGUCGCUCGUCGGAACAGGGGCACGACGGCGGACCAUUCUCGGCGGACCAUUCUCGGCGGACGAAUAAUUGUAGGAAUGUGGUGUACCAUACACUAGUGUAGUUGAAACGAUCGAAUGCGCACACAAAUCCGCUGGCCCGUCUGUCUAGUGCCUACAAUAGAGAACUGUUUGCCCG